AAAAAAGAAGUGUGUAAAAAGACUGGUCGCUAAAAGAUCAAAACUUACAGCUGCAAUUGUGAAACCCAUUAUCCCUGUACAAGACAAAUUGAUCCCUUUAGCUUAGCUUGCAUAUUCCUUUACCUUGUCUUCUUUCUUCUUCUUCUUCCUCUUCAAACCCCCCCAAAAAAAAACCUCUCUUUUUUCAUCUCUUUUUUCUCUCUCCUCUUUUUUAGCAAGAAUUUGGUAAAAAAAAAAGAAGUGUUUCAAGAAUUGCACUACAUUAAGGUCAAUGGCAUCACGUCGUCGAAAGCUUCUCAAAAUCAUCAUCCUUGGUGAUAGUGGGGUUGGUAAAACUUCACUUAUGAAUCAAUUUGUUAAUAAGAAGUUUAGCAAUCAGUAUAAAGCAACAAUUGGAGCUGAUUUCUUGACCAAAGAACUCCAAUUUGAAGAUAGGCUUUUCACAUUGCAGAUUUGGGACACAGCUGGACAGGAGAGAUUUCAGAGUCUAGGUGUUGCAUUUUAUCGUGGUGCAGAUUGUUGUGUUCUUACAUAUGAUGUAAAUGUCACGAAAUCUUUUGAGAACCUGAAUAGGUGGAGGGAGGAGUUUUUAUUACAGGCAAGCCCCGCUGAUCCAGACAACUUCCCGUUUAUUUUGCUGGGGAACAAGGUAGAUAUUGAUGGUGGUAGCAGCAGAGUGGUCUCAGAAAAGAAGGCAAAAGCUUGGUGCAUGAGCAAGGGGGAUAUUCCUUACUUUGAAACUUCAGCCAAAGAUGGUACAAAUGUUGAGGAGGCUUUCCUGUGUAUUGCUAAAAAUGCUAUAAAGAAUGAACCUGAAGAAGAAAUGUAUGUUCCUGACACCAUUGAUAUGACGAACCAAGCACAAUCACAAAGGUCUUCAGGUUGUGAAUGUUAAAAUCUGUUGAUUCAGAGGACUGCAGUUAUAAUUGUUCCAUUGUCCUGUAAUAUGAAGUUUAUUUGUGAAUGUUGUACACUUCAUAUAGAAGCAAGGAGAGGGAGCUGGGCUAUUUGCUUUCCUUUUGCCAAUUUGUUUUCUCAUCACUCUAAAUAAAUUUUUUGAAGUCUGAUACUGAUUCUGGAGAGUUCUGGUGCAGUAGGAUAUUGACAUAUUGUUGCAGCUAUUCCAAUUGAGAACAAUGCCAUUUCAUCUAUACCAUAUUGAGAUAGCAUGUUUUACUUGUUGCUUA